UAAUAAUAUAUGUACGAUUUUUUAUUUCGUUGAUCAUCUCAGAUUAGAAUGAAAAACCGUGUGUUAAUGAAAGAGUAAAUUCUGUUUCUUUGAAGAACAAAGUUUCAAAAUGUCUAAGACAAAUGAAGAAGACGAUAUUGAAAUGAGUUCAGUGGAGUUUACAUUGGAAGAUACUUAUGAACAUUUAAAAGAUUUAAAAACUGAAAGAGAGCAAGAAGUUAUUAAAUUAAUGAAUGUUCUGAAGAAUAAUGAAGUAAGAACACUGGGACCACAUAUAACACCAGAAGAGAUUCGCAAAAAAAGGCUUAAAUUUGUUUAUUCGAUGGCAAAGUUAGUUGAAAAAGAGCAACCCAAAGAUUUUCCAAUUUCAGGUACGCCUGAUUUUUACAAUGAUGCGUUAAAGGAGUUGGAAGAUGAAGUGCAAUCACAAGCAAAGCUUGAAAAAUUUAUUGAUGCAGAUAUUGAGGAUAUUGAAAAAGAUAUUACAUACAUGGAAAAGAAAAAAGCUGCUUUUGCAGAAAUGAAAGAAGCAUCUUUACUUGCUGCAGAAAAUGAAGCCCAAUCCAAUUAUGAAGCUGAAAUGGUUGUGACAAAGAAACUGUUUCAAAAAGUGAAGAAUGAUUUGGAAAAUGUUGUUGAUGUACUUUUUCCGGACAAUGGGUGUUUUCAAGACCUCUUAUGCAUUUUAACAAGGGCAUUGAGUAAAGGAGGAGAUGAUUUGUAUAUUGAUGUGUCAAAAGACACUUUUGAUUUUGCUCUUUUUCUUGAAGAGGCAGACAUUGUUCAAUUUCAUCCUAAUGACAAGAAGAAAAUCAAACUUAGAAAUUUGUAACUAACAAACAUCAUUAUUAAUUAUUCUAUCAAUACUUGUGUAAAUAAUCUAUAAAAUGCAGUUUAGCUUACGUUUGUACAAAAUUUUUUUUAUUAAAAUCUUGCAAAGUUAAA